CAAGUAGGUUCAUUUUGUGACCAUUGGAGCAGAUCGAGUGAAUAGGCGAUUAGAGGAAACUCAAAAGUCAAAAGUACUCUUCCUCUACGGUAAUCACCAACGAAAUUCAAUUCAGUACAAUCGAGUUCACCAAUACCUUGAUUCCAGAACGAAUUUGAACUCCACAAGUAUUGAUCUUACUGCUCCCUCAAGGAAACAGUAUUCAUUUUGGUGUAAGAAAUGGCAGCAGACGGUAUAUCUGUCCAGAAACUUAACGGGGACUUUAAUGCACCAUUCAUCAAUGCCGAGAACAUGCAGAAUAACAUGAAAGUUAUAAAUUAUAGCCGGACAUUAAUGUCAAUUGUUGGAGGAAUCAUUGCUGGGAUUCUUGGAUUUACAGGACUUACUGGGUUUAUCUUUUACUUCGUUGUGAUGGCUGUAACUUCGGUGGGACUUGCAGCCAAGGCGAAGUUCUCAAUUCAUUCUUACUUUGAAGGAUGGAAUCGCGUUUUACUUGAUGGCUUCUUGGCUGGUCUUAUGUCGUUCGUGCUGUUUUGGACAUUUGCCUAUGAUAUUGUGCACAUUUUUUGAUGGGCCAUCUCCUGCAAGAACCUUAGCACGCGUGUUGCUGCUGCUGCUGCAUGAGGAUCCCAAUAUGCAAUGCAUUUUUCAUAUAUAGAAGUUAUAGUGGAGCUCGCGAUGCGCUUUCACUGGUUGUCCUUUUCCAUUGGAACUCUAGCUCAAUUUUGACGGGUCAAACUCUUUUGUUUGGAGAACUUUCUGCUGAUAGAGUUCAGUUGUCUAACUUGAACAGCAGUCUGAACACACGUAUGUUUUACUUAUUCAGUAGAUGUAUAAAUGAAUGUUGAGUUACAAUCCAUUAAUAUGCAUGUAAUGUUGUAUUUCGAGAGAAAAUCUAGAUGCAGUUUCUUUA